CCAGGGGUCGCGGGUCACCAGGAAGUGAGAGCGCUCCCCAGCCCGGGGAGACAUGGCGUGCGGGGGUCUCGUCCCCUCACAGCCGCUGCUCACGGUGCUGGUGUCGGCCCGGGCCUGGCUGGAGGAAGCGGGGAGCGUCCGGGACACCGUGAAUCUACAGCUGAGCGUGGAUCCCGAGAGAGCCGGGGAUUUCCGCCUGUCCGUGCGGAGGAGCCAGGCGGCGGCGGCCCGGGGCCCGGCAGGACUGGUAAUUGGGGACUUCCAGCUGCGGGACGUCCUGUACGACAUGCAGACCCCCCGAUGCCACCAGCUCACCGUUCUGGGGCGGCCCCCCCGCAUCAUGACGUUUCAAUUCGACGAUGAACAGGAAGCGCAGAAAUGGUGGACGGUGGUGAGCAGCUCCGUGCGGGAAGCCAGGAGAGUUGCGCAGCCUCACGUGGAUGUUCUGGGAUCGAAGCCCCCGCUCGCGAACAAGCCCCGCCUCCUACCAGACGUCAUUGGGUUUAAAUCCCCGACUACAGAAGACGAACCACUAAAAGGGCAGACGGAUCUGGGCACAAAAGAGGAUUUGGCGGUGCGGCUCGGCAGGUGUAUUGAAGCCGGGGAUCAGGUGUUGGCGGCACAGUACGCCUCGGAGCUUGCUAAGCAGAAGGUUCCGGUUCAGCUCCAGCUUAAGCCGCUCUGCUACCCAAAAAAUGAGAUCUGCAUGAAGGUCGGGGUGGAGGACGCCUCGGCGUCUGUUAACAUCUCCACGUACGUGACCGCUCAGACUACAAUCGCCCUUCUGAAGCAGCAGAUUUUUCGUGAGUACCAGUUCCACCCCAGCAUCCAGCGCUGGAUUAUCGGCCAGUGUCUCUGCUCCGACGACCGCACAGUUGGCUCUUACGGCAUUAGGAAAGACGGAGAUACCGCGUUCCUUUACCUGCUGGGGGCUAAGCAGGCGAAACUGACUCCGCAAGAUCAGUGUGCAAGCAGCAUCUUCCAGCCCUUCCCCCUGUAUAACACUGUGCCUGCUAGGCCAAGUCCGAAGAAUGGCGUUUCACAAAUUUCCCAGCCAGAGAAGAUGGAGCAGCCACAUCACAACUUGGGCCUGGAAUUAAACCAAAAGCACCAGAUUCCACCGGUGCCCCCUUCUCCCGCACAGCCCGGUUGGUCAUGUCCCCAGUGCACCUUCAUAAAUAGACCCACCCGCCCCGGCUGUGAGAUAUGCACCGCUGACCGCCCGGCGGACUACAUGGUGCCAGAGGAGUAUAAGCCAGAUGAGAUUGAGCGCCGCAGGCUGCAGCUGGUGGACGACAGCUUUCAGCAGUACAAUAAAGCACUGGAGGAGGAGCGGCAGCAGAAUUUCCUGCAUAUCCUACAACUGGACAAUGAGGUUCUCAUCCCCAACCAGGAGCCCAUAGAAUGCCGAAUCUGCUACACCGAUGUCCCAGCGGGAGGUGGGGUUCUCCUGAGGGAGUGUCUGCAUAGUUUCUGUAGAGAAUGUCUCAGACAAGUGGUGAACUGCUGUGAGGAUCCUGAGGUGUCCUGCCCUUUCCGGGAUGAGACAUACGCCUGUGACCGAAAGCUGCAGGAGAGAGAGGUCCGAGCGUUGGUGUCAGCGGGCGAGUACACCCGCUUCCUGGAGCGCGGCCUGGUGGUGGCGGAGAGCAGAAGCCAGAACAGUUACCAUUGCCGGUCUGCGGACUGUAAAGGAUGGUGCAUCUACGAAGACUCGGUCAAUGAGUUCAUCUGUCCUAUUUGUGACGCUCAGAAUUGCCUGAUCUGCAAGGCCAUACACAAUGGGAUGAACUGCAAAGAAUACCAGGAUGAUCUGCGCAUCCGCGCUCAGAAUGACACAGCCGCUAAACAGACCAGCGACAUGCUGAAGACCCUGGUGCAGAUGGGGGAGGCCAUGUACUGUCCAGCGUGUAAGAUUAUUGUCCAGAAGAAGGACGGCUGCGACUGGAUCCGCUGUACCAUGUGUCAGACUGAGAUCUGCUGGGUCACCAAGGGCCCUCGCUGGGGGCCACAGGGCCCCGGGGACACGUCUGGGGGAUGUCAGUGCAACAUGAACGGAAGGAAAUGUGAUCCAAGAUGUCAGAAUUGUCACUGAUCAUUAGCAAGGCGACAGAGACGCUGCUCAUCCAUUAUAUGCAAGAAUCUGCCUCAUCGC